CAGAAGGCAAGCUAAUUACCCACCGUUCUGCAUUCAGUCGGGCAUCAGUGAUCCAGGCUUUCUUGGGCUCUGCCCCACAACUGACCCUACAGCUGUAUAUUACCAUCUUGCAGCAAAGCAUCAGUACUGGAAGAUGGGUCAGUGGAUACCAGUGACAUCAUAAAGCAUAUGUUGUAACAAAGCACUCUCCUGAGGAGCAAAGAUAAACGCACAAGCAGUUGAGAAGGUUGGUCAUUUUGAGAGGCUCUGGCCUGAAGAGAGGUAGAGCUGAACCAGAUCCAUCAAGCAGGGAGCAUGGCUGGGAAAAAGCGAAGAAAGAACGUCUCCCGCUCCACAAGAGCUGAGCUUCGGUUUCCAGUUAGCCGUAUAGACCGCUUCUUGAGAGAAGGGAAGUACUCCCGGCGUGUGAGCUCUUCUGCGCCCGUGUUCCUCGCUGGUGUGCUGGAGUACAUUACGUCCAACAUCCUUGAGCUGGCUGCUGAGGAGGCCUGCAAGAACGGCAAGAAGCGCAUAGGUCCAGAGCACGUAUGCCGAGUGGUGCAGAACGACGACCAGCUCUGCCAACUUUUCAAAGACAACGCCAAAUCGGAGGCGGAGACACCAGAAUCUGAUGAAGACUGAUGAUGCCUGUAUCUCAGAAGCUGGAGGUCCAUCACCCCUCCAGCCUCAACCAGCCUUGGUGUCACACUAGUUGGGGAACUAAUCAGACAUGCUAUUAAAGCAUCUAAACUGAAGCCAGUGGGUCUGACUCCUCUUACUUUGUCAUUUUGAGCUAUAGGCAACUGUGAAACAUUCAGGAGGGUGAUGAUGGGUUUGGAGCUAUGCUCAGUACAGGGAAUUGGAUUUCCAGGGUGGGGACUGUGUGAGCAGUGGUCUUGGUGGGAGGAGGUGGCUCAGAGACAGAGAAAGGGUUCUGGUGAGAUGUGAACUCAGGUGGCUCUGGAGGGGAGGAUAUGACUGAGGUAAAGGGCAGAGAAGCAGUCCGGGUAGUCUGUGACCAUGGAAGGCCUUGGGAGGCCAGUAAUUUGGCUUUGGCCUCCCAGGCACAUUGGAUUCCCAGUGAGAGGGGUGGAUGAAGACAUGGACUGUGGUAGGUAGGAAAGGCUUCCUUGGAGGUUAGUUCUAAGGUCUGAAGAUGAUGAUAGUGGGGUGCGGGAGACCAUGGAGAAUAGCACACUGUUGGCAUGAGGCUCAAGGGUCAGGAGUGUUCACAGAGCACUGACCAGUGAUGGUGAAACCAGAAGGAAAUACACAAAGUAUGAAAUAGAGAGUAUGUUUCCCUUUAGAAUUUUAAGUUUUCUGCCUCAUUCUAAGCAGAUUUACACAAGGAUUAGUAGGUAUGAUGCUGUGUGGAAUACAUGCUUCUAUAUUUUUUCUUUUUUUAAUAUUUUUUUUUAUUUUUAAAUAAUUUUAUACAUUCACUUGUAUCCCAGCUGUAGCCCUCUCCCUCUUUCCCUCCCAAUUUUCCCCUUCCUCCCUCAUCUCCUCCCUGCCCCCUUCCGAGUCCACUGAGAGGGGAUGUCCUCCUCUCCUUCCAUCUGGCCCUAGCCUAUCAGGUAUCUUCAGGAUGGUUAGUCGUGGCUGUCCAAGAGCUAUAUAGACCAGGCUGGCCUCAAACUCAGAGGUCUGGCUGCCUCUGUCUUCCAAGUGCUGAGAUUAAGUCACAUGUCACCAGCCUUGGGAACACUGGCCAAACUAAAUAAUAGUAUAUAAAUGCUACUAUCGACUGCCAUGUAAUUCAAGCAGGUCCAAAUGGUUACAGAACGUCAAUGAAUUUAUAUACAUCUUCAGUUAUGAACAUAGUUGUUAAUGUCUUUCUCAGAAGGAAGCACUGGGUUUUCAGCGAUAGUCAUAAAGCAGUGAUGUCAUAAAGCAGUGCAGUGUCAUCAGAGGCUGAGCCUGUGUCUGGAGAGUUUUCAUGUAUCCUGUAUAAAUUGUGCACUUGAUGUUUCAUGGAACACGUGUGGGAUAAGACUCUCAAGUGCUGUUUGCCCUUAGCACUGGGACCCACAUAAAAUGUGUGCUUGACAGUCUAUGCUCCUGCAUUUUCCUCAGGUCCAGGAGCCGCCCUCCCACACCCUGCUUCUGCUGGCCUUUUAGACAGAACCUCUCAGAGAUGUCCAGUUAGCACUCCCAACAGGAUCAGAGACUUUCCAUGUGAUCUUGAACACUCCCUGCUUCCUCUGAGCAGUGACUUUUUCAUGUAUAGCUUGGAAGAUAAGAAUCUCCCGUCUUUGAUUGCCUGUAAAUAGCUGCAUCUUGCCCCCUUUCUUGUUGGCAUAUGGUCAGGCUACUUCUCUGAAGAGCAGUUAGCUCUGCCUGGUGCUCAGGUUACCAUUGGUUUACUGGGACUACCAGCUAUGAUCACCACCCUCUCCUGUCCUCUCCUGUCCUAGUGGUGAGAUAGGAAAGUUCUCAACCCCCUUUCUUUUUUUUUAAAGAUUUAUUUAUUAUAUAUAUAGUAUUCUGCCUUCAUGUACUCCUGCACACCAGAAGAGGGCACUAGAUCUCACUAUAGAUGGUUGUGAACCACCAUGUAGUUGCUGGGAAUUGAACUCAGGUCCUUUGGAAGAGCAGCCAGUGCUCUUAACCUCUGAGUCAUCUUUCUAGCCAACAACUCCCUUUUAAGAACAGCCACUUGUAUCUUACUUGGGGCAAACCAACAGGUUAGGAAAACAGGACUGAGUUGAGCUUUGUUAACCAAAAUUUUGUUCUACUGGAUGUUGUGCUAACUUUCCACUAUUAAACUGUUCUGUAAUUAAAAAAAAAAUGUUUUGUUUUAUGUGCAUGAGUGUUUUGGCUACAUGUAUGUCUGUGCACCUUAUAUGUGCAUCUUUCCUGGAGGUGAGAAAGAGAUGUUAUAUCCUCUGGACUUGGAGUUAUAGCUG